UAUUCGUUUGGUAAAGUAGAAUAGAAGCUCAACCACGAACGAACCCCCAAACCCUUCUUCCAGAAAUUUCAUGUCCAUCUUGCCCUCACAAACCCAAGCUGCAUCAUCAUCCUCAUCUUCUGCGCCAUCUACAAACCCUAAUCCCCAAAAUGGAAUUCGAAACGUUAACAAUCCCCUUCCUUCAUCACUCUCCUCUCUUUCCCCACAACUCAACAUCGCUUUCGGAUCUCUUCAGAUCUCCGAUAAUCCAGGUUCAUCGACUCCAGCUGCUGAAGAUUCUGGUGGACCGUCCGAAAAGGUGACAGAAUUAGGGUCUCCAAGUGGUAUGAAGGCUACAUCUCACCAAAACUCUAGAACACAUUCUAGGAGUUACUCGGGAAGACAGACAAUUGGAUCAUCCCAGUCAGUGGGAAAUACAACAGGAACAGCUUCUUCUCAUAGAAAUCUACAGAUUCCUGGGUCUGUAAAUUCUCAAGGAAGCACCCCUUCAGCGGGAAGAAAAUCUCAGGCAGUGAAUGGCAAUUACUUGCUGAAUUUUCAUUAUGAUCCAAUAUCCCGCUCUCAAUCAAGGGGUGCUCCUCCUCCCCCUCCAGCAAGAAGGCAGCGGAAGAGAAAACCAUACAACAAAGAUUUGUUUUUGCAGGCAAAUUACAAAUUCGUGGUGUUAGAUUCAGGAAAUUAUUCACCUGAGUCAAUGGAUCCAGAUAAAAUGUUGCAGUGGGAAGAUAUUAUAUGUGUGACAUAUUCAACCCCCUUUCCAGUUCAGUGUCCAAUUUGUUUGGAAAAUCCCGUGUGUCCACAAAUAACCUCAUGUGGACAUAUUUUCUGUUUCCCAUGUAUUCUACAAUACUUAUUACUGGGUGAAGAAGAUCACAAAGGUGAUUGCUGGAAAAGGUGUCCUUUAUGCUUUGUGAUGAUAUCUGCCAAGGAUUUAUAUACAGUACACAUCACUAAUGUCAAACAGUAUCAAGUAGGAGAUAAUGUUGAGUUCACCUUUUUAACGCGAAAAAAGGAUUCAUUUACUCUGUCACAUAAAAAUAAACAAGAAACAGAUAUCAGACCAUGUGGCAAUGGAGAUUUAUGUGAUCCCUUUUCUAAGUUCACACUCACUUCAGAUGUAGAUCUCUCAGUGAGACAUGCAAUAUCAGAUCUAGAUGGUUGGCUGGCCAGGGCUGAUUCAGGUCUUGUUGAUGACUUGGAGAAGCUUCCUUAUGUUUGUGCUGCAAUGCAACAAUUAAAACAGAGGAAGAAGUAUUGGAAUGAACACAGGGCUUGUGAUGGAGAAAAAUCUUCUAGGCUUAUUGAUUAUGGACAUCAGAUACCAUCAAUAGGUGAAAAUUCUAUGGAUAUUGAUGAUGGAAACUGUUUGAAUGGAUCAAGAACUUCCUCUAUGGGUUUCCAUGACCAAAGUAAGGUUACAAUAAUGGAUAAUUCAAUUGUUGGAGCUGUUCCGGAUCAGACUUUGGAUGUGGAGAAAGUAUUAGAAGAGCAGGAAAUGAAUUUAUCUUCUUCGUAUGAGGAGAAAAAAGAUAUUCAAAGGCAUUCAAGUGGCGUUGGAGAUGUGAAGGAAAGUGAUUCGUACAAUUUCUACCAGGCCGCUGAUGGUCAGCAUCUAAUUCUACAUACUCUGAACAUGAAGUGUUUACUUCACCAUUAUGGGGGCUAUGAUAUGCUUCCCCACAGAAUAAGUGGAAAGAUUCUGCAAUUGGAGACAGUUACUCAGUCUGAGGCUGUGAGGAGGCGGUAUCGUUUCCUAAGUCAUUUUCCGUUGACCACAACAUUUCAGCUUUGUGAAAUUGAUUUGGGUGAGAUGUUGCCACCUGAAGCACUGGCCCCAUUUAUGGAUGAAAUAAAGAAGCGUGCAAAUCAGAGGAAGCAAAUAGCAAAGAAGGAACGGAAGGAAAAAAUAAAGGCUGAAGCUACUUCUACUUAUUCUCUUCCAAUACCAACAAGUUAUCAACUUACUUCUCGUGAUGAUCCUCCCACUUUCUCCAUGGAUGACUUUGAAGCUCUGGGAAAUUCAGCUAUGUCAUCAAGUCCUCCAGUGGUGGGGGAGAGAAAAUUGUUCUCAAAUGUUACGAGGCUUGGUUUUGCUGCUGGUCAUGAUUCUCCAUCCUUACAAAUUCAAGAAAGUAGCAAUACAACCACUGAUUCUUCUGGAACAACAGGUUUGAGAAAUGGGGAGACAUCGUCAUAUUCCAAUGUUAUAUCAAGAACAGAAUCUAAUAUAAGCUUGAAUGCACCAAAGACAAAUGACUUGGGGAAGAAGGGAAAGAAACAAAAUCGAGUUCUGCUGUCAACAGCUGGUGGCAGGCGUUAUUGAUUACUUGGUCGCUGACUCUAGAUUAUAUAUGUUAGACGACUCUCAACCUCAUCGCAGCUAGUCCCAAGCCAAAUUGGCAAUUCACGCCUCCUUGGAAGAUGAUUUCAGUGUCGAGUUAUGAAUCGUUCUAUGGAUUACAUGUAUUUUAUGCGCGUCUAACUACUUGUAGAUAGGUAGACAUGUGGGGAGAGAAUAAAUGUUUUCAUCAAUACAAAGUUAUGCCAGUUAAAGUUUA